GAAAGGCAGCUUUUACGUCCUACGGAUUCACCUCUAAAGAGCAGCCAUGUUCCCCUCUUUCGCACACGUCCAGCGGUUAAACCACAGUCUCCGGACUGUGCUGCAAGUUGGCGUCAAUUGUAAACUUGUAAUAAACCCGUCCAGGAUGGCCAGCUCAAAUUUUCGAGUCGAACGGGACACGUUUGGCGAGCUCAAGGUCCCCUCUGACAAGUACUACGGCGCGCAGACUGUCAGAUCCACCAUGAACUUCAAGAUAGGGGGACCAACUGAGCGAAUGCCCCUCCAGGUCAUCAGGGCUUUUGGUAUCCUGAAGAAAGCGGCAGCUGUGGUGAACAAAGAUUAUGGACUCGACCCGAAGAUAGCAGACGCCAUUUGCCAGGCAGCGGAUGAAGUUUCAUCCGGCAAACUGGACGACCAUUUCCCUCUGGUGGUGUGGCAGACCGGCUCUGGUACCCAAACCAACAUGAACGUCAACGAGGUGAUCAGUAACAGAGCUAUUGAGAUUCUGGGAGGGAGACUGGGUUCUAAAGAUCCAGUCCACCCGAAUGACCACGUCAAUAAGAGCCAAAGUUCAAAUGACACCUUCCCUACUGCUAUGCACAUUGCUGCAGCCACGGAGGUCCAUCAAGUUCUGCUGCCUGGCCUGCAGACCCUGCAUGAUGCCUUGGCUGCAAAGGCGCAGGAGUUCAAAGAUAUCAUCAAGAUUGGCCGCACGCACACUCAGGAUGCGGUGCCGCUAUCGUUAGGACAGGAGUUUGGUGGAUACGUGCAGCAGGUGAAGUACGGUAUCCUGCGAGUGGAAGCCGCCAUGCCCAGGGUGUAUGAGCUGGCAGCCGGAGGCACCGCUGUCGGGACAGGACUCAACACCCGCAUCGGAUUUGCGGAAAAGAUCGCCUCCACCGUCUCCUCCCUCACCGGGCUGCCGUUCAUCACGGCCACCAAUAAGUUCGAAGCCCUGGCGGCCCACGACGCCUUAGUGGAGCUGAGCGGAGCCUUGAACACAACAGCCGUCAGCAUGAUGAAGAUCGCCAACGACAUCCGCUUCCUGGGCUCGGGGCCGCGCUCCGGGCUGGGAGAGCUCAUCUUACCCGAGAAUGAGCCCGGGAGCAGCAUCAUGCCGGGGAAGGUGAAUCCCACCCAGUGUGAGGCCAUGACUAUGGUGGCCGCCCAGGUCAUGGGGAAUCAUGUGGCGGUGACCAUCGGUGGCAGCAACGGCCACUUCGAGCUCAACGUCUUCAAGCCCAUGAUGGUGAAGAACGUGCUGAACUCGGCAAGGCUGCUGGGCGACGCCUGCGUGUCCUUCACCAACAACUGCGUGGUGGGCAUCCAGGCCAACACUGAGAGGAUCGACAAGCUGAUGAACGAGUCGCUGAUGCUAGUCACCGCCCUCAACCCGCACAUCGGCUACGACAAAGCGGCCACCAUCGCCAAGACGGCACACAAGAAAGGCUCCACGCUGAAAGCGACGGCCGUGGAGCUGGGAUACCUCACGGAGGAGCAGUUUGACCAGUGGGUGAAGCCCAGCGACAUGCUUGGACCAAAGUGAACUCUUCCUGUGACGUCACAUACGGGUGUGGAACUAUCAUGACUUUGGGGAAUGGAACCAAUGACCGCGCGGUUCUAGACUGUCUGCCCGCUAAUAAAAAAUCCAGAAGUGGUCAUGAAGCAGUGACACAAACGCAGUUUAUUGGGUUUGCCAUCAUGUGCCAUCAUUGUUUCCAAAUAGGACUGUGGUUUGUCCAUUAAAAAAGCAACACCAUCA